UUUCCCUUUCCGCAAUUAAAACUGUUUCACUGCAUUUUGACCCGCGCUUGGCGGCUUUCCUUGGAGUCGAACACUGAAGCGGUAACAAUGGAGUACGAGAACAAACUUGUCCUCGCUCCCAUGGUUCGAGUCGGAACGCUGCCGUUUAGAUUGCUAGCUGCUGAUUACGGUGCAGAUAUCACUUAUUCCGAGGAAAUUAUUGAUCAUAAAAUGAUAAGAUGUGAGCGUAAAGUAAAUGAAUAUAUUGGCUCAACUGAUUUUGUUGAGAAGGGAACUAACAAUGUUGUCUUCAGAACCUGCAACCAAGAAAGGGACCAGGUGGUAUUUCAAAUGGGCACUUCGGAUGCUGUGAGAGCUCUGAAGGCUGCUAAAAUAGUGUGUAAAGAUGUCGCUGCUGUGGAUAUCAAUAUGGGUUGCCCCAAGUCAUUUUCUGUGAGUGGGGGCAUGGGUGCUGCUUUGUUGACAAAGCCUGAUCUCAUACAUGAUAUUUUAACAACUUUAAGGAGGAAUAUAGAUACACAAGUAACAUGCAAGAUUCGACUUUUAAAAGCAUCUCAGGAUACAGUAGAACUUGCUAGAAGAAUUGAGAAAACAGGUGUUUCCGCUCUUGCCGUCCAUGGAAGAAAAGUUCCAGAUAGGCCAAGGGAUCCAGCCAAGUGGAAUGAGAUUGCAGAUGUUGUAUCAGCAUUAUCUAUUCCAGUUAUUGCAAAUGGUGAUGUUUUCGAAUAUGAUGAUUUUGAACGUAUUAAAGUUGCAACAGGUGCUUCAUCGGUCAUGGCUGCUAGAGGUGCUCUCUGGAAUGCUUCAAUUUUCUCUCCUAAAGGUAAAGCAGAUUGGGAAGAUGUGAAAAGAGAGUAUGUUAGGAAGAGCAUAUUAUGGGAUAAUGAUGUUAAAAGCACGAAGCACACGCUAAAGGAGAUGAUAGUGCAUUACUCCUGCCUUGAACUCCCAGAAGGAAAAGCUGUGAUCAAGUCGGAAAAUUUGGCAGAUCUAGCGAAAGUUUACGGGGUGGAAGAGUAUUACCAGUCGGUUAAUGAUAACAGGUUCUCACUCAGUGGACAAUUGGACAGAGACCACUGCGUGAAGAAGCUCCGGCAGGCCGAACCGUAAACUAAAUACAGAUAGAUGAGCUAGCACAAAGGUGGUGCCAGACCCAGGAAUCUAAGGGCUACCAGCCCCCCCCCCCCUUGUAUCUUUAGUGAAUAUAAUAUGUAACAUUGAUUGUUUUAGUGGAGCAUUUUGAUUUCUGAAAGUAAAAUUUGUGUGAGGGAAUGGUGAAGAUUACUUCCACAGUAUUCUUUAGCCUGAUUUUUGUGCAUUACUAACUUCUCAUUGGACGUGGCAAAUAUUUGGUCUUUUUCGAGCUGUUGGAAUCGAUAUAAUUUUAUAUUUUUA